CAAAGAACACAAGGAAAAUAAAACGCGCUGCUCUCCUCCGCGCCGCAGAAAUGAAAAACCCUCGCGCUACAGCACGCUAGGGUUUUUGCGGCCGGCUCGGGACGUCGCUCCUACCCGAGCCUCCUCUACUGGCCAACUCAGGAAGCUAUUCAUAUUUUAUGUAGAGAUGGGCAGUGCUCCAGCUCCAUUCUCUGAUAUUGGAAAAAAAGCAAGAGAUCUUUUGACGAAGGAUUAUAAUUUUAAUCACAAGUUCUCAUUGGCAACAAUAAGUAGCGCCGGAUUGGGCAUAACUGCAACUGGUGUAAAGGUGGAUGAAGUAUUUGUUGGUGAUAUCAGUACAAAUUACAAAAAUGGUAAAACGACUGUCGAUGUGAAGGUGGAUACCAAUUCCAACGUAUCAACUACAGUUACAGUGAAUGAGAUUAUAUCUGGGGCGAAGACGGCAUUCAGUUUCAAAAUUCCUGAUCAGAAGUCUGGGAAGCUUGAUGUCCAGUACUUAGGUGAUCAUGUUGCCAUUGAUUCAAGCAUUGGCAUGAAUACCAACCCAGUUUUGGAGCUUGCUGCGGCGAUUGGUUCCAAGGAAUUUGUUGUUGGCACUGAGGUUGGAUUUGAUAGCACUUCUGCAACAUUUACAAAAUACAAUGCAGGGAUUAGUUUUAACCAGCGCGACUUUUCUGCUGCACUCAUGUUGGCUGACAAGGGAGAAACUGUGAGGGCAUCCUAUAUUCAUUUCCUUGAUCCUCUCAACAGAUCAGCAGUUGCUGCUGAAAUGUUCCACAGACUGAAAACCUCAGAGAACAGCUUCACAAUUGGAACUUGUCAUGCUGUGGAUCCUCUCACCCUUCUCAAAGCCAAACUCAGCAAUAAUGGCAAGGUUUCAGUUCUCUGUCAGCAUGAAUGGAGGCCCAAAUCUCUGGUAACUAUUUCAGCCGAGUAUGAUCCCAAAUCUGUAAUUUCACCUUCCAGGUUAGGUCUUGUUUUGGCUCUCAAACCUUAAUUUUAUCACCCUAAUCUCUUUUAUUGGAAGCAAUGAGAUUUUUUU